AGUACCAAUCUCAUCCUCCGCCACGAUAUGUGACCCAAAAAUCUAGUUGGUUUCUCCCAACAUGCUGAUGCUCCUCCUAAAUCCAAGCCUAUUUUUGGCGGCAUCUUCCUCCAUCAUAUUUCUCAUAUUUUUGUUCCGAUUAUUUCUCCAAUGGGCGGACGUUCACCACCACGUGAAGGUGCCCCAGCUCGACGAUUCGACUCAGAAAGAGAACCCGUUCUACCGCCGAGUCGCGCUCUACAUCGACUCGCUCCCCUCCCUCCACGACUCCGACUACAUCAACCUCCUCUCCGGCCACGCCCCAAACGACAUCGUUUUAUCCCCCGGCGAGGAUCAGGUCAUCCCCGACACCUUCCUCGGCGCCCGCCUUUCCUGGCUCAACCGCGUCGACAGAGACGAGAGGACCAACGUCGUCGCGCGGAGCUUUGUGCUUCGGAUCAAGAGGAAGGACAAGCGCCGGAUUCUCAAGCCCUACCUCCAACACAUCCACGCCGUCUCCGAUGAUCGCGGCCGCGAGAUGAGGAUUCACGUCAACGGCAGCGGCCGCUGGAAUUCCGCCCCCUUCGAUCACCCCGCCGAUUUCGAAUCCCUAGUGAUCAGCCACGAUUUGAAGAGCAGGAUUCAAUUGGAAUUGGAGAUGUUCGCCCGCUCCAAGCAAUACCACCACAAAUUAGGGCGCGUUUGGAAGCGGAGCUACCUCCUCUACGGCCCCUCCGGCACCGGCAAAUCCAGCUUCAUCGCCGCCGUCGCCAAUUUCCUCAAUUACGACAUCUACAGCGUCAAUCUCUGGCAGGUCACCGACGACGCAGAUCUCAUCUCCCUGUUAACGCAGAGCUCAUCGAAAUCCGUCGUCGUCGUCGAGGAUCUGGACCGCCACGUCUCGGAGAAUCCGGCGAGGGUUUCGACAUCGGCUCUGCUCAAUUUCAUGGACGGAUUGCCGAAUUUCCAGGACGAGAGGAUCAUGAUCUUCACCAUGAGAUCCAAAGAAGGCGUGGUGGAUUCAGCCCUGCUCCGCCCGGGAAGAAUCGACGUCCACAUUUACUUCCCAUUGUGCGAUUUCAAUUCAUUCAAAACUCUAGCCACCAAUUACCUAGGCGUGAAGGAGCACAAAUUGUUCCCGCAAGUCGAAGAAAUCAUCCAGAGCGGCAGAACCACGAGUCCCGCGGAGAUCAGCGAGUUGAUGCUGGUGAACCGGAGCUCCCCGAGCCGGGCUCUGAAGAAGGUGAUAUCGGCUUUAGAGUUGAGCGCUAUGAAGGUGGUGUCUGGCAGCGCCACCACAUCUCCAACGGCGGAGUCGUUGCCCAAGGAGCUCCGCAAGGUGUACUCAAUGUUGAGGUCGAAGAGCGCCAAGAAGUCCGCAUCGUUUGAACCUGACCAUGAAAUUGUUGAUAGAUGACAACUGAUUACUACUUUCCAAUAGAUUUUAGUUUUAGUUUUUAAUUCGUCUGCAUUUGUUAGGUUGUACAUUGUUAAUGCAAACCAUUCAUGAAUAAAUAGUGAGUAUGGAUUUCAA